AUGAAAGAUUGGAUUAAGGUGUUUUCAGUUGUCUUCAUCGGAGCUGUCGUUGCAAAUUUCAUUAUUGUGUCAGCCAAUGAUAACUCUUCUACAGAGGAAGACGAGUGGAAGAUCAAAUGGUACCUAAAUCUAACAAUAACUUGGAUUGCCAAACCACCGUAUGUAGCUCGACCCACCAAUGGAUCUACAGAUAGUGGCGGUAUUCUUCAUGGCAUCGAAUACCAAGUAGAAGACCGCCAAGUUAACAGUGAAUAUGAAAUGAUCGCACUUCUGAGGCAAAACAAAGUCCACAUUGCAGCUCCUAUAUUUGAGCCAAAAGGGGACAGACACUACAGCGAGUUCCCAUUUUUUAAAGUUGUUGAUUAUCCAGGAACAGACUACAUUACCACUGAAGAAGGGAACAACAAGAUUAGCUAUGUUUUGGAUGCCGUUCUGAGGUCUUGGCCACUGCUAGCUGUCACUCUGGUCCUGACAGCCAUUUCAGGAGUUGUUAUGUGGGCUUUGUUUGGCCUCAUAGCUAUGGCAAUUUUCAUGGCAUAUGUCACUACUGCAUUGACAGCUCUCUCUCUGCAACUUGAACCAACCAGCCUUCGUGGUGUUCAAGUUACUUUGAAAAAAUAUCACUCAAUGAGAAUUAACUCUCUCGUCUUUUAAUUACCAAUAAUAACACUGGUCAAAAUAUUC